UGGGAAAGAGAAACCUGAAAAAGCCAUCUUUGCGUUAAAGAAUGGAAAGAGCAGGAUCGUAAACUUUGUUAACAGCCGUGAAUAACUUAUUUGUUGUCUUGGUAGUUAAAGUUUGUCUACUGCACAAAAAUCUUCUGUGGCAUUUUACGGCACCAGUCCCAUACUGAACUGUCUGACAUGGGAGCUGAUAAACGGGUGAGUCGCACGGAGCGCAGCGGGAGGUACGGGCCCGACCAGUCCCGGGACGAUUCGGAGUGGCGAGAGCGGCGGGACCCGGACCGCGAGUAUGAGGCGCGGCGCUGGGGCGAUGACAGGCGCGGCGACCGCUAUGACGGGGAGCGCAGGGGUCGGGAUAGUCCUGAGAACGAGCGGAAGAGACGCAACAGCGACAGGUCUGAAGAUGGCUACCACUCUGAUGGCGACGAGCAAGACUACAGAGGAGAGAUGGGGGAAGAGAAGGAGAGCAAGACCAUCAUGCUCAGGGGCCUGUCGCUUAAUGUCACUGAGGCAGAAGUCCGUGCUGCUCUGGAACAGCUGGAGGGACCCCAGCCCGCAGAUGUCCGACUGAUGAAGAAGAGGACAGGUAUAAGCCGAGGGUUCGCCUUCGUGGAGUUUUAUCACUUGCAAGAUGCGACCCGAUGGAUGGAGACCAAUCAGAAACUGCUGGUGAUCCAGGGCAAGAACGUGGCCAUGCACUACAGCAACCCCCGCCACAAGUUUGAAGACUGGCUUUGCAACACUUGCGGCCUGUACAAUUUCCGGCGAAGGCUGAAGUGCUUCAGGUGUGGAGCAGCCAAAGUUGAAAGCGAGACGACCGCUCCGAGUGCAGCGCCAGAGCCUCAACAAACUGGAGAUUACUAUGGCGACACGAUCAUUCUGAGAAACAUCGCUCCUCUCACCACGGUGGAGGCCAUCAUGGCAGCGCUGGCGCCCUACGCGAACCUGUCGGCGAGCAACAUCAGACUCAUCAAGGACAAACAGACCGGACAGAACCGCGGAUUCGCCUUUGUGCAGCUCUCCUCCCCUCUGGAGGCUUCCCAGCUCCUUAUGAUCCUCCAGGGCCUGCAGCCCCCUCUCAAGCUGGAUGGCAAGACCAUCGGCGUGGAUUACGCAAAAAGCGCCAGAAAGGACCUGCUCCUGCCAGACGGUAACCGUGUCAGUGCCUUUUCAGUGGCCAGCACAGCCAUUGCCGCUGCCCAGUGGUCCUCCAGUCAGCCUACACAGGGUGCAGAGGGUCCCUCAGAGUACAGUUACCUGCGGGAAGGCUAUGUGCCGUACAACCAGUAUGGUCAGGAUUACCAGGCCUACUAUCAGCAGGCAGCUGUCAUGGAUCCUGCUCAUGGGACUGGCCUACUGGGAGCUGCCCCUGGAGUCAAGAUUGUUCCGGCUGCUUCAGGAGUGGUGGUGUCUCAGAGUGCACAGGUCUACCAGCCCCACAUUGUCGGCCAGCCUGUCACCCAGUCGGUGCAAGCAGCCCAGCAGACUGAGGCAGCAGCACAGUCUACAGGUGUCACCGCAACCACAACCGUAACCACCUCAGCCAUCACAGCAGCCGCCACUACAACAGCCACAGCUCCGGCCUCUGACAGCAAAACUGCUCCACCUGACACAUCUUCCUACCAGUAUGAUGAAUCUUCUGGGUAUUACUACGACCCACAGACUGGGCUCUACUACGAUCCAAGCACCCAUUACUACUACAACUCCCAGACACAACAGUAUCUGUACUGGGACAGUGAGAAGCAGACGUACAUACCUGCACCCAACACCACCGCUGCACAAGCCACAAACUCCAACACCUCAGCGGCUCCGGCCACCAAGGAGGCGAAAGAGACUAAGGAGAAGAAGGACAAGCCCAAGAGCAAGACUGCACAACAGAUCGCCAAAGACAUGGAGCGCUGGGCGAAGAGUCUCAACAAACAGAAGGAGAACUUCAAGAGCAGCUUUCAGCCCGUGAGCCAGGAGGAGAGGAAGGAGGCGGCCGCAGCAGACGCGGGCUUCAUCCUCUUCGAGAAAAAGCAGAGUGGCAUGUUGGAAAAGCCGCAGCAGCUGCCGCAGCAGCCGCCCGUGGCUGAGAUUGUGAAGACUCCAGAGGAGAACCCUGUGAAGUGUGGUUUGGUGGCAGCGUACAGUGGGGACAGCGACCCGGAGGAGCCCACUGAGCCUGCUGAUCGGGGUGAGGAGGGGCUGGACAAGCUGACGGACUGGAAGAAGAUGGCCUGCCUGCUGUGCCGGAGGCAGUUCCCCAACAAGGACGCGCUGGUGCGCCACCAGCAGCUCUCCGACCUCCACAAGCAAAACAUGGAAGUUCUUCGAAGAUCCAAAAUGACAGAAGAAGAGCUUGAGGACUUGGAGAGAAAAGAGACAGAGAUGAAGUACAGAGAUCGAGCUGCUGAAAGGCGAGAGAAAUAUGGAAUCCCUGAACCCCCAGUACCCAAGAAGAAAAAAUUCACUCCCCAGCCACCCGUUGUGAAUUAUGAGCAGCCUACAAAGAACGGCCUGAACAGUGACAACAUUGGGAACAAGAUGCUGCAGGCCAUGGGCUGGAAGGAAGGGAAAGGCCUGGGGCGCAAUCAGCAGGGCAUCACAGCGCCCAUUGAGGCACAGCUGAGGAUGAAAGGUGCAGGCUUGGGUACUAAGGGCAGCAACUAUGGACUGUCUCCAUCUGAGACCUACAAGGACGCUGUGCGCAAGGCUAUGUUUGCUCGCUUCACUGAGAUGGAGUGAACUGAUAGUCAGUGUCAGCCCCCUACACCCCUGAUAUGCAACAUGGUUAAAAAGAAUGUAAACCCCUGCCCAGUCUGUAGCCCCAUACCUGGACCAGGCUUGUGAGGAAGACCCACAGUCAUCCAGACUUUGUCAUGCCCUCAGAGUGGAAGCUGCGCCUUUUACAAUCCCACAGGCGUCAAAAUAGCCUGCAAGGGGUAAGGGAUGGGGCGAGAGACCAGAAUGCACAGAUCAGGUUCAUUGCUUAUUUGGUUGGCGAUCACUCUGAGUGAACUGAAGACCUGAAGACGGCUUUUCCAUGUGUGAACUGAUGACGGCUAAUGACCUACCAUUUCAUCGGGGUUAGUUAGGGGAACGAGUGAAGCUCAUGCCCCUGAGCCAAGAGGUGACAGCAGGGACUUUGAAAUGAAGAAUUUUUUAUUUCCUCAUUUGAUCCUGGUGAUGUGCCCAUUUAAGUCUUGCUAGCUAAUCAUGGACAGCCUGAUUAACUGGUUAGCUAGUUUUAUUUUUUCAGAUCUACAUAACAAAAAUUCACAUCUGCCAUAAAAUGUAUCAUUUGGUUGAAAACAAGUGAAGUCAUAAACAUUCCGGUGAAGCCGCAAUGUAUUGAGCUCCGGGUCCUGCGCUAACCCAAUCUCGGUAGUGCAUUGGUUACACUCAGUACAGCAUGAUCAGGUGGCCAUUACAGCAAGCUCUGAAGUUUCCUAUUGUUUUGGGUGAUGAUCAAGUGUGAAAACAGCGACCACAGUCCUUGUUUCAGAAAAGCACCUGGGCUUUCAGGUUUCAUGCUGAAGUUCCUGGCAGAACUGGUCCCCCAGUUCUAGAUUUGGUAAUAGAAAAGGGGCUCAUGGUGGGUUUGAUUUCUGUAGCACCACCUUAAAAGUGAUGUGCCUGUCUGUGGCCUUUUUGGACAGUAUAUUUGAGAAUGUUAGACUCUUUGUUUCUCAGGUGGAAUGAUAGGGAUGCAUUGUAAUUUAAUGUUUGUGUGUUUCCUUGUUGAAGUUUCUUGUUUUUGGAAUGCUAUCAGAUGGCAUUUUGUAUGCAUGUUCAACAAAUGUACAGUUUGUAAAAUAUUUCUUUUUGUACA